UAAAAAACUCUUCCUCCUCCGGUCCUCCCUAAACCCUAGGCCCCCUGCACUGCACCAGCCACCUCCCAUGGCGCGCUCGAGCUCACUUUCCGAGGCCGAGGCGGGCGUUUCCUGCUUCGCCUCCACCCUCCCCGGAUUCCGUGGCGUCCUCAAGCAUCGCUACUCCGACUUCAUCGUCCACGAGGUCGCCCGCGACGGGACUCUCGUCCAGCUCACCUCGUUCGAUCUCCCAACCGAGUGCGUGGAUGUGAAAGAGGAGGAGAAGGCGGCGCCCUCGGCCGACGCGGACCACUCGCAGGCCCUCGAAUCGUUCCGCGCGCUCUGCGGCGACGCGGACUGCGAGGCGCUGAGAGGGCUCCUCGAGAGGGUGGCGGCGGGGGGUGAUAAUGAUGUCUCGCCUGUCAUUCUUUCGCCUGACGCCGACAAGGCUCACAGAUCGGAGGUCCAUAACUUUUUUAAGAAGAACUUCAAGUUCCUUGUCACGGACACGGUGGAACAUAGUGAUGGUGUCCAGAGGUGCAUCAGGAUGCGGUUGGGGUCAGGAGCUGGUGGUGGAAGGGGUGGCGGCGGUGGUGGGAGAGGAAGGAAGCGGAAGAACAUGGGUGCUUCUGAUUGGAGAGAUGACAGGCCAUUUGAUAGUAGAGGGUCGAGUAAUUGGUCAGAUCACGUUGGGAAGUUCCUGAGGUUUCACCUUUACAAAGAGAAUAAGGACACUCAAGAAGCAUUAGGGGUAAUAGGAAAAAUGUUAGGACUUCAGCCACGUUCAUUUGGGUUUGCAGGGACAAAGGAUAAGCGUGCUGUUACUUCGCAGCAGGUAACUGUUUUCAAGGUGCCAGCCAAUAGAUUGGCUGCUCUUAAUAAUCGGCUAUUUGGGAUUAAAGUUGGAAACUUCUGUUAUGUGAAGGAGGGACUUGUUCUUGGUCAACUCAUGGGAAAUCGAUUUACAAUUACUCUGAGGGGCGUCAUUGCAGAAUCCGAAGAUGUAAUAAAAGCUGCUGCUGAUGGCUUAGGAAAGAAUGGAUUUAUCAACUACUAUGGUUUGCAGCGUUUUGGAAGUGGUUCAGUUCCAACACACCUUGUUGGUGCUGCUUUGCUCAGAGGAGAGUGGAAGGCUGCUGUAAACUUGAUUCUUGAUCCAAGGGAAGGAGAGCGUGAUGACAUAAAUGAGCAGCGCAAACAUUACAAGGAACAUGGUGACAUUGACAAGGCACUGAGGAACUUCCCUCGACACCUUGUAGCGGAGAGAGCUAUACUUCAGUGUCUGAAGAAAUGCCCUGGUAACUAUCUACAGGCACUUAAGGGUAUCCCAAGAACAUUGAGAAUGAUGUAUGUACAUAGUUACCAAAGUUACCUGUGGAAUCAUGCUGCCACCAUGAGAGUGGAAAAGUAUGGCAUUUCACAGGUUGUAGAAGGUGACUUGGUUUAUAACAAAGAAAGCCCUCCUGAAGAAUCUACUUCUGUAGAUAUUGCAGAAACUGAUGAUGGGCAUACAAAUUCAUCUGAGAUUGAUCUAUGUUCUGAAGCACAACCAGAGGAAACCAUCCAAUCUGUUAAGAUAGUUGAUUCUGGAGAUUUGUUAAAGGGGACGUACACAUUUGAUGAUGUUGUCCUUCCUUUGCCUGGUUCGCAAGCAAUAUUUCCUGGGAAUGCAGUUGCUGAGAUAUACCAUGAAAUGGCCAAAAAGGUAAUAUUUAUGAUUGAGAUGACAAGUUUUUCAGUGAAGUUUUGUGACAACGAAUGGAAAUAUAUUGAAAUUUGGUUCUUUUUUUGUCAGGAUGGUAUUAGCUUGACGGAGAAUGCUCAUGGUGUUAAGGAGUUCUCGAUUGCAAGCAUGAAAGGAGGCUACCGUCGACUGUUCCAGCGCCCUAUUGAUUUUCAGUGGGAGCUCAUGACUUACACAGAUGAGAGUUUGUCUUUAGCAGAAACUGAUUUGGAUGUUCUGUCCAGAACCAAGCCUAAAGAAGCAAAUGAUCUUGUAACUAGCGAUCAGGCACAGGAUAAGUUGGAGGAGGCUUCAGAUACCUCCAUGCCAACUAAUGGAAGCGGCUCCCUAGAAAAUAAGCCUACUGGCAACUCAGAUACAUCACCAAGAAAAUUGGCCAUAAAAUUAGCAUUUACUUUACCAGCAUCAUGUUAUGCUACAAUGGCUAUCAGGGAGCUUCUGAAGACUUCUACUUCAGUUGCAUAUCAGAAAACACUCAGCUGCUAAUUUUUUGUUACGACAUGGGUUAUUUACCUGAUCUGUGAUCUCAGCUGAGGUGGUGACCAUAUUAAGUCGUGAAGCGGCAUAGCUAGGUAUUAGGUAUAUUAUCUGGAAGACUUCUCUUCAUAUAGUUCUUGAUUAGUUAGGCUGCUUGUGCUCCAAACUCAUUCAAUAAUCGCAGUGGUUAGAAGACCUGGAGGAUCUGUGAAUCUGCAAACCAGAUGCCAUGCUGCCCUCUGGAGAAACAAGCGAAAUGCCUAUUUAAAAGUGUUUACUUGGGGCUGAAUACCAUGUUGGGAUGCUUGUACUAUUAUGCGGCAUGCCAUAACUACAAAGUUUGUAACUUUGUAUAACUUAAAUUUCAUUUUUCAGAAUGGAGCCUGCUUGGGGCCCCAGUAUUCGAGAUAUUUCAAACCAAUAGAAUUUUGAUGAUUAG